UAUCAUAUGUUGAUCGCAACGCAGUUAAUUGGUGCGCACUGCGCGCGCGCUGCACAUGUUUAAUAUUAUUUGGAAGCUUUCCGAUUAGAAAGCUUCAAAAUUCUCUCAUCAAAACACAUAUCAAGUAAUCAAGUGUAAAUCGAUCCAUUUCGAUAUGAAACCAACGCUUGUGGCUGAUGAAAUGUUUCCCGAAGGAGCUGGACCUUACGUUGAAUUAGAAGAGGUUGGAGGUAGUAGGCUAUUAGUGGAUCUUACGGCUAGCGAGAAAGCUGUUCAUUCAGAAUUUUUUAAUGAUUUUGAUGAUCUUUACGAUGAUGAUGAUUUGGAGUAAAGCAGCAUUUCUAGGAAGUUUAACUACACAGUGCUUUUGUAUAGAUUGCAGUUAACUUAGCAUCGAAGCAGAAAAUUCCUUGUUUUCAUAGAUUCGUGCAAAAUAUGGAUACCGCAGAAUCAAUGGACAUCAUAUGUCGUUAGUUGCGUUCAACAGAAAAUAGCGUUUUAUAUUUUACAAUUAUCAGCAAAAUAAUCUAUGGUUUUUCUUUUAUCAUACUUGUUGAUGCUGCAUGUAACUCAUCAUUUCUUUUUCAGCGUAAUGUUAUAAUCGAUACACAUUGUACCAUUAUUUUUGAUACUUUGAAUAAAUAUAAAAUAUGACACAAUAAUUUUGUGUGUGUGUGUGUGUGUAAGAUAAUGUUAACUUAAUAAUGCCAUGUUUUCAAUAUAUUAAAAACAAUCAAGUAUUAAAAAAAAUUAUGUAACAGUUUCAAAGUUCUUUCUGUUGAACGCAGCUAUUAAAUGUAUCCUAUGUUUAUACUUGUUUGUAUAUAUAAUAGAUAUGAAAAAAUUUUUCGUUUUUUAAGUUUGCUGU